GCUGGCGGCAUAGUUACCCGACGACGUCGGCGGCCGUCGCCGUUCCCGUUUUCUUUACUCGACUCGCGCACGCGCGUCCGCCAGCGCGCGAACGUUCCAUUCCAUUCCAUUCCACAAACGCACACACUGUACGUGUGCCGCGCUCGCCGCCGCCGCCGUCUCCGUUUCGUUCUCUUACCACCCGUCAGUCUCGUACCGAUCGGCCGACACGACGUGUGCUUGCCGUCCAACGUCCGUUCCGAACUAAAUAUUUUCGUUCUCCCGUUCGAUUAUUAACGAAUCGCCCGUUGCUGUGCGUGUGUUCCGCGUAUACGACAACCGUAAUAACAUGCGAGCUGAUUUUCGUUGCCUGCGCUAAGUUCUCCCGUCUGCGAUUCGCGUACGCAUCCCCAACAUAUCACCUAAUUAUUUAUCCUCCGAUCGCCGCGCGGUGCGUUACGCGUAUGAUAUACUACUUGUCGUCGUGGUGCGCAGUUAAAAUGUGUGCGUAGGUAUUAUUGUUGCAUCGACGGUGCGUGAAAACAGGAAUAUAAUAUCGUUGAAAUAAUAAUAAUAGCGCGAAAUGAUCGUGUGCGGUGGUGCUACGACAGCAGCAACAGUAGCAGUAGAAGUGUCCGUUGGCCGUGGUGGUAUAUUAUAACGACGACAACGACGGCGGCGGCAUCAUCGAGGACGCCGCACGGACGACAACGGUCGGGCCGAAACGGAUGCGUCCGGACAACGUGGUGCGCACGCCGCGAUCACAUAUCAAGGUGCCGCCGCCGCCUCGCGCGCGUCUCGCCGGCCGCCGGCGGACCAGCGCAGUAUUCGGUUCGGCGGGUCGGCGGAAGUAGUGGCCACCAAAUGCGAGACGGCAUUCACGUGUUUUAUGUUCAUGUUCAGGAGGAGGCGGACGGCAUUAGCUAAACGCUUGUGGAAGGCACGGGUGCGCAGGGACAAUGAAACCAGGUGUGCGGAAAAAACGUCCGCGACCGCUCAGCCCGCGACCACUGCUUCUGUCGCGCACCCGUCGCCCGUCGAGUCCGACGAACGGCAGUUCCGCAACGCGCUGUUCAAGCGGCUGGACGACAGGCAGCUGGAAACGUUGCUCCGGGCCGUGGACACAGGCGGCGUGGACGCUACCGAGUGCGUGGCCGUCCGACCGUUCCUGUUCUCCGAUCCUGCGGUCAUAUGCUGCCGACUGUGGCGGUGGCCCGACCUCCGGACUGUCGAACAGCUGAAAAACACGCCCGUCUGUCAGACGGCCAAACAACCCGACAUGGUAUGCUGUAACCCGUACCACUGGAGCAAACGAUGCGAGAUCGAACGACCUCCGCCUCCUUACUCAAGGUUUGUGAAGGAAAAACUGAAACCUGAAGAUCGCGCACCUAGUGAAUGUAGUUGGGACAGUAACGAUGACGAACUUCGUGGUUCGUUCAGCACGGAUGGUGACGAAAAACCAAAUGAACAAGAAUGGUGUAAAGUGGCGUAUUGGGAACUAUCGCAAAGAGUUGGAAGGCUAUUUCCUGUUGACACAAAAUUUGUGAAUGUUUUUUGGAAUGUUCCGUUGGGCACUGGUUUGUCAUUAGCCGCUCUCACUCAACAUCAUUUUCCACCCACACAAAGCCCUCCUGAGUCUGUGCUCAGAAACAGGACUAAAAUCGGACAAGGUCUAGCUUUGAGCCGAGAAGAAGAUGGUGUAUGGGCAUACAACCUAAGUGAUUGGCCUAUGUUUGUCAAUUCUCCAACGCUGGACGAUCCGGACAGUAAAUCAUAUCUAGUUUUUCGAGUACCAUCCGGUCACUGUUUGAACAUAUUUACGGGCAACCCACAUGGUGACCGAAUACGUUACUCGAAUGGGCUUCGAGUGGGCCCUGUUGAUCCUAACGCUGUACGCAUUAGCUUUGCCAAAGGAUGGGGGCCUAAGUAUUCUCGACAGGAAAUAACAUCCUGUCCAACUUGGAUCGAAGUGUUACUUGAUCCUUGCAGAUGACACAGGGUGACCGCAAACAGAAUAUGAAAUGGCAAUGUCAUUCUCUAAUUCUCAAACUAAAACACUAGUUUUAAAGACUAAUUUUAUUGAAUUUGUGACUCAAACCAAAUUGUGUUAAAAAUGUGCGUUUAGGGUUCAUGUUUGUUGAUCUUGUAUGUACAACGUUAUUGUCUACAAGAUCUUUAAACAAACUAAAUUAUUGUUUUUUUUUUUAAUUUUAAUUUUUGUAAAAACAAAGGAUACCAUUGUGAUAUUAGUUCAGCGUCCUUAACGACUGCUCUUUUUGUUAAGGGUACGAUGCUAUUUUCAACACGUAAGAGAAACUAGAGCUUAAUGACAUCCACAUUCCAUGAAUUAAUAUU